UGCAGAUAUAAGUAGUGAAGUUGUGACGGUCUGAAGCAGAAAGCAGCAGCUUGUUUCCUCUGAAGACACCAAGACUCUUCAGUUCAACCUGCAGCUGAGUUCGGACAGAGCAUCAGACAGAUCUACAUCAGUAGUUGAUUCAUUUCAGCAGAAAUCUGACAAUGAAGCUGGUUUCAGUCUUCCUCCUCCUGCUGGUUCCACUCUUGACCAGCUGCCAGCAGCUCCUCCGACCGGUGGACUGCAGUGCAAUCCAUAAGCAAGACAAAAGCAAACCCAGUGGCGUGUACACCAUCUAUCCCGCUGGAGUGGGGCUUGCUGUCAAGGUGUACUGUGACAUGUCUUCAGAAGGAGGACAGUGGACGGUGUUCCAGAGGAGGAUGGACGGCUCUGUGAACUUCUACAGGGGCUGGGAUCAAUACAAGACCGGCUUUGGUAAUGCUGCUGGAGAGUACUGGCUCGGUCUCGACAACAUUGGCUACCUGACAAAGAACAGAAAGACUGAACUGCUGGUCGACAUGGAGGACUUUGAGGGGAAAAAAGUGUUCGCUCGGUACUCUUUGUUCUCCAUCGGUGCAGAAUGUGACGGAUUUGUGCUGAGUGUGUCUGGAUUCACCAAUGGAGGGGCAGGAGACUCCCUGAGUUAUCACAACGGAAUGAAGUUCACCACCUUUGACAAAGACCAAGACACCUGGCCUACAGGGAACUGUGCCAGAACAUACCUGGGGGCGUUCUGGUAUGCCGCCUGUCACAAAGCAAAUCCAAACGGCGUGUAUCGUUGGGGGGCUGACAAAUCUCUCUUUGCUGUUGGAGCGGAGUGGCAAACCUGGAAAGGUUACGACUACUCCCUGAAGACCAUCAGCAUGAAGAUCCGUCCUGUGCUGUAGUUCUCCAGGACCAACGUCCAGCAGAAUAUCAGCUCAUAUCUUGUGAUUUCUUUCUCUUUCUCUCAUUAAGCAUUUAAUCUCACAACAGGUCUUAUUUUCCUGAAACUGG